AUGGAUUAUUUAAGAGGUAUAGAGAUAUAUAGAGGCAGAUUUGCAAAAGACAUUGUUAUUAUAGAUACUAAAAAAGAUAAUGUGACUUUAGAUAAUGCUACACCUCAUUCCAUUAGAGGUGUUCAAAUAGAUUAUAUAAAUAGUAACACUAGCUGCGGUUUAAAUGAUAUUUACUUUAAAAAGUUUUAUAGAAAACUUUUUGUCGCAGAGAGUAGACCUUUGAUAUUACUAGGUUUAGUUAUAACAGUGCAGUGUUGCCUUAUCAUUGGAUUAUUUAUCUGUGUUACUAAGUCAUGUAAUUGUAAAAAAGAAAAAAAAGUUGUAAGAAAAUUCUUUAAUUACCGUCAGGAUGUGUCCGUCACAACACCACUAAUAAACACUAGCAAUAACGAUACUGAAAUAGAUGAUCCAUUCUUUAGUGAUUCUACAAAGGUUGAUCAAAAGAUCAAGUGCUAUAAGGCAUGUCAGAAAGAAACAGGAAAUAAUGUUCGACAAAGUUUAUCUGAUGAUAUACUAUCAAAAUGUUUGAAUAGACGAGAUUGGGGUAAACAUAUUAGAAAGCCAGAUGAAUCCUCUGAAGUGAAUGGGGAAGAAAACACUUUUGAUACUAAAGCGGCCACACAAGGCAAACAUGAGUCUAAGGUAAUUUUCGAAGAUGAAACCAAACAUAAAGUGGUAGCUAACACAUGCAGCCACGCACCACUCAGAGUAAAAGAUAAAACAAGUGAUAAGGAUAUUUCCACAAAUUUGUCUUCGGAACAAGAGAUAAAAUGCCACAAUUACAACAUUAAUAGCGUUUCUGAUACAACCGGCUUCCAGUCAAAAGUGACGAAAACAUAUCAUUCACAAGAUAAAAAUACUACGAAUUUUAUUGACACUGAAAAGUCAGCUCAAGCAUAUUUUUCUAACGAUUCUAUAGAUGAUUUCCUAUCUGAACGAGGAAUGCUUAAUUUAAAUGGUGGAAAUAUCACAAAUUUCUUUUCAGAGUCAAGCAUUAAGCCUACUUCGUCGCAUACAAGUAAAACAUCUAAGAGUAUGUUAAGGCAAAUGCUGUCAUUGUUUCAUAAGAAGUCUAAGAAAUCUUUGUCUGAUCCAGGUGGGAAAUCGCAAGAGCACUUUAACGUCCAGUUGAUCCACAUGUCUAAGGCAACAGUAUAUUCAUCUAGUGAUGAGUCUAAUUAUGGCUUGAGGAAACAGGUAGAUUCGAGGACAUCGCUGUAAUUUAUUUUAGGAAAAAUAUAUUUAAUCAUGACGUA